AUCCACCGCAACGCAUCCACCCCUCCAAAAAAAAAAAAAAGAAAAAAGAAAAAGGAAAGACCGCGCGACGCGACCGUACGUACGCCGGCCAUGGCGGAGCGCCUCGCCGCCGCCUCCCUCCUCCCGGCCGUCUCCCCCUCGCCGGCUCCGUCCCCUUCCCCCUGCCCCCGCGUCUCCGCCUCCUCCUUCCCCUGCUGCUCCACCACCCGCGCCGGCGCGCUCCGCCUCCGCUCCCGCCGCCCGUCUCGCUUCCCGCAGAAUGCCGGGAGGAGCUGGCGCGCCGGCGCCGGCGCCGGGGCGCGGGCGGUGGUCCGGUGCAUGGCGGCGGCGUCCGACGCGGCGCAGCUCAAGAGCGCCCGGGAGGACAUCAGGGAGCUCCUCAAGACCACCUACUGCCACCCCAUCAUGGUCCGCCUGGGGUGGCAUGAUUCUGGCACGUACGACAAGAACAUCGAGGAGUGGCCGCAGAGAGGCGGCGCCGACGGAAGCUUGAGGUUCGAUGCCGAAUUGAGCCAUGGAGCCAAUGCUGGUCUGAUUAAUGCUCUAAAGCUCAUCCAACCAAUCAAGGACAAGUACCCGGGCAUCACUUAUGCAGACUUGUUCCAGUUGGCAAGUGCUACAGCAAUUGAGGAAGCUGGUGGCCCGAAAAUACCGAUGAAAUAUGGACGGGUUGAUGUCACAGCAGCUGAGCAAUGCCCACCAGAGGGGAGGCUUCCUGAUGCCGGUCCGCGUGUACCUGCUGAUCACCUUAGGGAGGUAUUCUAUAGGAUGGGCCUCGAUGACAAGGAUAUUGUUGCAUUAUCUGGAGCACAUACACUUGGAAGAUCACGACCUGACAGGAGUGGCUGGGGAAAGCAAGAAACAAAAUAUACUAAGGAUGGACCUGGUGAACCUGGAGGGCAAUCAUGGACAGCUGAAUGGUUGAAGUUUGAUAACAGUUACUUCAAGGACAUAAAAGAGCAAAGGGAUCAGGAUCUUCUAGUGCUACCUACAGAUGCUGCACUAUUUGAGGAUCCAUCCUUCAAGGCAUAUGCUGAAAAAUAUGCAGAGGAUCAGGAGGCCUUCUUCAAAGACUAUGCUGAAGCUCAUGCUAAACUAAGCGACCUUGGUGCAAAGUUCGAUCCUCCUGAGGGAUUUUCACUGGACGAUGAACCAGCCGCCGAAGAGAAGGCUGCUGAUCCAGCUCCAGCGCCACCAGCAGCAGCAGCAGCACCGGCCGACGAGAAGAAGGAGCCUGAGCCAACGCUAGUACCAGUUGGAGCAGCAGUAGCGUCAGCGCCAGUGGAUGACAACAACGGCGCAGCACCGCAACCGGAGCCCUUCGUCGCUGCCAAAUACUCCUACGGAAAGAAAGAGCUGUCGGACACGAUGAAGCAGAAGAUCAGGGCGGAGUACGAGGCCAUCGGGGGCACCCCGGACAAGCCUCUGCAGUCGAACUACUUCCUCAACAUCAUGCUCUUGAUCGGAGGGUUGGCAUUCUUGACGUCUCUGCUGGGGAGCUGAGACUCGAGAGCGAUGAUUGGAUGGCCUGAUGACCUCUGACGAGCUAGUGUUUGAGUUUGCUUGCUGCCUAUGCUAUGAUCCAUGUACCUGUUUCUUUUUUCCAUAUGUUUUGAGUUAUUAUCCCGUAAAUAAUAAAUUGAGGUAAAGGAUGAGCAUGUGAACGAAUCCCAUUAUUUUCUGAACUUGUUGACUAAAUCCUCUA